UCUUCCUGGCAGGGGCCCAGCAUGACUACGAAGCUGCCCUUGCGAGAAGAAUGUGAGACCUGGACGUCUCUCCAGGUGGCUGAUCUUCUAAGAGAGUCUGGGAUGCAUGACUGCGCCAGGAUAGUGGAAAAAUUAAAUAUAGAUGGAGCUCGAUUUUUGCAUUUAUCAGAAUAUGAGAGACACAGAUUCAGUAUAAUGGACCAGCCGCAGCUUCAAAAAAUAGUGCAUGAUAUCAAGAAAAAUGAUAGUGGAAUAAUGAGCAAGUUCAAAAAGUUCCAAAAUGAGCAAGUGGCCUUAAUAUGCAAAACUGGAAAAAAUACAUGGGAUCGGUUAACAAGUAAACCUCCACCAAGCAUACCACCAGUUGAUUAUGUUCCAGACCAUACAGAAGAAGAAGAACAGUGGUCAGAUGACUUUGACAGCGAUUAUGAAAAUCCAGAUCACCACUCCGAUUCUGAGAUGUAUGUGGUUCCCACAGAAGACAACUGUGAUGACAGUUAUGAGCCUCCUCCAAGUGAACAUGAGCAGAAGAAGAUCCCAGUACCAUUCUCAUGCCCUAGUGGAGUAUAUGCAGACAAACAAUCUAACCAACAGAAGACUUGGCCACCACCUCUUCUGCCAAACCAAUCUUCACCUCUGUCAAAGAAACCAGCCAUUUUACCGCUACCGCCACCUGCUGUUCAGAAGCCCAAACUCCCAACCAAGCCAACAGAUGAUGAGGCAGAUUAUGUUGUGCCAGUUGAUGAUGAUGAUGGUGAAGAUAAUUAUAUAGAACCCACAGAAGAAAGCACUUCACAACCUGUAAAACCACCCGUGGUGAAUAGAUCGACCAAGCCUCCCUGUUCAGUAUCAUCGCCUUCCACGCUAAAUGUAUAUGAAGUUCCUGAGGAAGAGCAGAAGUCAACACCUCCAUUACUCAGGAUAUCCAAGCCACUUCCUCCAAAGCCAGUUUUGAGGCCAGCUGGAGGACAUCCUCAUGAACGCAACAUACCUAAAGAAUCCUUUACACCAGACGUGUUUAAAUCAGACAGAAACGUUUUGCCACUUCCAAGGCAUCGCCCUUCACCAAAAGUUGAGCCAGAGAGCCUCGGAACACCCUCUGAUGGAAAUAAUAGCAGCAAUAGUGCUCCAGAAUUUAAAAUUCCUCCUGUUAGUGUUCCAUCUCCAUUUCCCAGGAUCACAAAAAAACUAAUGAAUCCUGCAAUACCGCUGAAACCAAGCUUACCUGAUAGAGACCACUUAAAUAUUACUGAAGAUAAACCUAUACCUGCUGAACGCCGCCGGGGUUCCAGUCAUGAUAUUCCUCUUCCACCCAUCCCAUCUAGCGUUCAAAAGCCGUUGCCUCAGAAGCCACCAAUCUUGUCAAGAUCUUCAGAACCUGUGAGUCACACCAUAAGCACACGAAGUAAUAGCUUUCAAGGUGGUUCUACGACAGCAGAGCAGGAUGCUGGUGUUCUUGGUCAAGCAUGGUACAUGGCUUCUAGCGAUCGGAAAAUAGCCGAAGAUGCAUUACAUAAAUCAAACAAGGAUGGGUCUUUCUUAGUAAGGAAAAGUUCUGGACAGGAUUUAAAGCAACCAUAUACACUAGUUGUAUUUUAUAACAAAAGAGUAUAUAACAUUCCAGUCCGAUUUAUUGAAUCCAAAAGGCAAUACGCUCUGGGUAGAGAGAAGAGUGGUGAGGAGUACUUUGACAGUGUGGCAGAAAUAAUAGAGAAUCAUCAGCGGACUUCUCUCGUUCUCAUUGACAGUCAAAACAACACAAAAGACUCCACCAGGCUAAAAUAUAUUGCUAGAGUUUCGUAACUGCAUCAAGGAGUAUCAUGGAGUAUCUUCUAGCCCUUAUUUUCCAAGGAUUUGAGAACAAGAGCAAUUGAACAAACAUGCAAAUUGUUAGAAGAAUUUUCUUCAGAAGUUUUUCCAGCAAGAACCACCCUGAUACAAUUACCAAGCUAGUGGAUUCAUUUAUGAAGUGCUAUUCCAGUCACUGAAGUGCCCAGUGUUGUAUACUUGAAAAACUUUUUUUUAUAAAAGACAU